AUUGGACUAUCGGAAAUGAGGCAAGUCAGUGUGCGGUGACCACUGCUGGACAGCUGACAUCAGGUGUGCGCGCGCGCGUUUCGUGAGACUGACCCUCCACUAGCGCGGCUUCGAAGGGAAAGGAAAGCUACAAAAAAGAACCUUAGGGCGUGCGAAUAACUUUGUGUGUGUGUGUUUGUGUGUGUCUGUGUAUGUACUGUGACUGUGACACGAGCUCGUCUCGUGGUUUUGUGACAAACUAGUGAUUUUGAUGCUUCAUUGUUCGGAGGUUUUGCAGUGCAGUGGCGGACAGACUUCUCGAGCGUGAUCUCGACUGCUCGAAAAAUACAUCUGCACCAUUCUCACUCAACCACCGGUGCGGAUUGCUCAGGCGACCGGCCAAACCACCAACCAAAACAAACGCUCCCUAGCACCUAUCAAAACGUACGUGCCCGCGCACGUUAAGGACCCACGCCCGCGGCCGCGUGCUUGCAAUAUUCAAACGGAGCGUUUGCACGACCGCAGCAAAGCAUGGAGAGCCUUCUCGGCGGCAGCCUGCUACUGAGCAAGCUGUCCAAGGUGUUCACACUGUUCUCGCCCGUCACGCUGCUGCUGCUGACCACCGUGUCCUGCGCGAUCUACGUGUACAACCGGCGGCGGGCCCAUAUCGUGCGCCACAUUGACAAAAUUCCCGGCCCGGCCGGUCUGCCCAUCCUCGGCAACACGCUGCACAUCAACGUGGACCACGAUGAAAUUUUCAACCGCAUCAUCGCCAUUCGGAAGCUGUACGGGCGCAUCCAAGGGUUCAGCAGGGCGUGGAACGGCCCGCUGCCGUACGUGAUGAUCUCCAAAGCGAGCGCCGUCGAGCGCAUCCUUGGCAGCCAGAAGCACAUCGAGAAGAGCCACGACUACGAGUUCCUGAAGCCAUGGCUCGGUACCGGCCUGCUGACCAGCGCCGGCAAGAAGUGGCACCCGCGGCGCAAGAUCCUCACGCCGGCGUUCCAUUUCAAGAUCCUGGACGACUUCGUCGACAUCUUCCAGGAGCAGAGCGCCGUGCUGGUGAAGCGCCUCGAGGCGGAGCUGGGCAACGAGCAGGGUUUCAACUGUUUCCCGUACGUGACGCUGUGCGCACUGGACGUGGUGUGUGAAACGGCCAUGGGCAGGCAGGUGAAUGCGCAGUGCAAUUCCGACUCCGACUACGUGAAAGCUGUGUACCAAAUUGGAAGUAUCGUCCAGAACCGGCAGCAAAAGAUUUGGCUACAACCAGAUUUCAUCUUCAAGCUCACGCAGGACUACAAGAACCAUCAGAAGUGUCUCGCCAUCCUGCACGAAUUCUCCAACCGCGUCAUCCACGAGCGGAAGGAGGAGAUCCGACGCCAGAAGCAGCAGCUGGGCGACAAAAACAACAACAACAACAACAAUGGCGGAGGUGGUGCUGCUGGUACGGAUCAGGACGGCAACAACAACAAGGACGACUAUCUGUCGCACGAGGAGCUGGGGCGCAAGAAGCGGCUCGCCUUUCUCGAUCUGCUGAUCGAGGCGUCCCAGGACGGUGCCGUCCUGUCGCACGAGGACAUCCGCGAGGAGGUGGACACGUUCAUGUUCGAGGGGCACGACACGACCUCGGCCGCCAUCUCCUGGAUACUGCUGCUGCUCGGCACCGAGCCGACCAUCCAGGACCGGAUCGUGGAGGAGAUCGACCAGAUCAUGGGCGGCGACCGGGAGCGCUUCCCCACGAUGCAGGAGCUGAACGAGAUGAAGUACCUGGAGGCGUGCAUCAAGGAGGGGCUGCGGCUGUACCCGAGCGUGCCGCUCAUCGCCCGCCGCCUCACCGAGGACGUCGACAUCGACGGGUACGUGCUGCCGGCCGGCACGACCGCCAUGAUCGUGGUGUACCAGCUGCACCGCAAUCCGGAGGUGUUCCCCAACCCGGACAAGUUCAAUCCGGACCACUUCCUGCCGGAGAACUGCCGCGGCCGGCACCCGUACGCGUACAUCCCGUUCAGUGCCGGGCCGCGCAACUGCAUCGGCCAGAAGUUUGCCGUGCUGGAGGAGAAAUCGAUCAUCUCGGCCGUGCUGCGCCGGUACCGGGUGGAGGCGGUCGAUCGGCGCGAAAACCUUACGCUGCUCGGCGAGCUCAUCCUGCGCCCGAAGAACGGGCUGCGCAUACGAAUUGCGCGGCGAACGUAGGGGGCCUCUCUUCAGAGCAGCAGAUAGCGGCAGGGAGCGUUAUGACAAUUAUAAAUACUACCAGGUCGCAUGACUCCAGGGCAAGGGAAAGGCGUGUUUUGAGCUGAUGUAUUUUUCUCCUCCCCCCAUCCCCCCCUUUUUUUUGUUGUUGUUUGUUUGCGUGUUUGCUGAACCGAGCUGUCAGCGUUCUGCGUUCAGUUAUGAAUAGAUUGGUUGCGUUUAUUCAUAAUUUGAAUCGUUGCGGCCGUACUCUCAGUCUGCUGUCAGCCCGAAAGAGCUUUUCUGUUUUUGAUCUUGGGACUUUUUUUUUCUUUCCCUUUCUUUUCUUCGGGUGUAGCUACUAAGUAAGAAUGUAUUGAACUUUUGUGUUAGAUUUUAGUGAUGCGUAACAUGUAAGAAACGUACGACAAAAAUGCUUACUGGAAAAUCGGUACAGCUAACGAAAAAUCUAGCUGCAAAACAGUUGCACGUGUCACGGUCCCAUACGAAAAACGCGAAACAAAAAGCGAAAAAAGAGCCAAAGCAUUCAGAAACCAGCGCGGCAGAGUAACAACGCGAUCUAAAUGAUCCUCCCAAAACGAUCGCGAUGCAAGUGUAUAGCGCGUAAUGGAAAGCAACGAUAGAUGGUAAUAAGUUGUAAUAAAAACUAACACAUAUCAACACACCCACAAACACACACAACACCGGUCUGGCUAAUGCAUAUAUCGAUAAAUUGUAUUAUGAAACGUUUACAUGCUUGGUACAAUUAUUAUUACGUCUAAAGCACUAGCUUAACAGUAGGCCCCGACAGUUACGCUCCGCCGUGUAAUAUUUUGUUGUUUUUCUCUCCCUCUCUCUCUCUCUCUCUCUCGCUCUGUCUCCCCCUUUCGGCGUUGCAACGCCCAGUGAAUGUGAAGCAUGAAAUUUGGCCAUUUCAUUUGUGUAUGGAAGCGCCUACCGACGGCCGUGUUUAGCGAACGCAUCCUUCUCCUUCCUCCUUCGCCGUUACGUUACGUUUUAUUUUGUGUUAAUUUAUGUUUGCGAUGUAAUUCCCUUCGCCUAUCCCGUCGGACUUGCUUUCCAGCGGGUGAACGUGGGGAAGGAUUUGGUGUCUUUCCUUUCCUUUCUUCUACCUCCUCUAUUUGGCGUAACCGUCCUACGCGAACAUGCCGGCGGGCAGGACUGUACCACCGGACCGCCCCCUCCGUAAUUCCUUUCCUUUUUUACCUUCACUUAAUCGCUAGCAGUGCCUUAACCUACUUAACACAAAAAAAGAGCUGAUUCGGUGAACAAAUCCUAAGCAAAGGAACUGCUGUUGCGGGUGCAACCAGCGCAGCCUCCAUGGAGAGAGAGAUAAAAUGCUAAACAUAAGAUGAAUUAAAAAUGAAAACAAACACCGCGCGUAAGCGCUCUAAAUCGAACUGAAACUCUGCGCGCUAGAAGUUUCAGCGAGCCUUAAUGUUGUAUUUUCUUGUUCAUUUACCCAUUUGUGUGUUUAAUUCCGAUACGUAUAGGUUUUCUAUUUCUUUGUGUAAUUAUAAUAUUACCGGCGCAUUAUAUAUAUAUAAAUAUGAAUCGUACACGGAUAGCUGACGUUGAUGGUGCUGUUCCCAUCAACGUACAAACAAUAUAAAAGUAUGUAUAUUAAACUAGCGUAAUUGAAUUAACACGUGUGAGCGAUUGCACGCACAACGAGAGGCGUAUGAAUGGAUGUAAAUGCGUAAUAAAGCAAAAACUACAAUCUCAGUUGGAAAAAUAAA